AUGGUCAAAGACGGUGUAGUAGUUGAGAUCACCUACAGGUCGAAAGACAUUCAACCCCCGCUGUGGCUGGCCGGAUCCUUUUCGAAGCCGCCAUGGACACCCGUGGAGAUGGAGCACAAGACGGCAGCGGACGGCGAGCACAUCUUUACAAAGUCCAUCCGUGCAAAGCCAGGCACAGAGGUGCAGUACAAGUUUCGCGUCGGCGAGGGCGACUGGUGGGUGCUCGACGAGAGCAUUCCCACCGUCACCGACGAUAUGGGCAACCGCAACAACGUGCUAAAGGUGAAAGCCCACGAGAGCGCCAAGUCCAAUCCCAGUGUGCAGAAGCCACCGACCCCUCCUCCCGACUCGCCCAUUCUUCCAACGGCCGCUGCUGGCCUGUCCAAUCUACAUAUACCGGUGCCCGGUGGCAUUUCUCGCUCCGAUGCCAGCACACCGAGUUUUGUGAAGACGACCAUGGAGGUCGCGGAUACAGCGGCGCAGAUUGAUGCGCGGACACCCGAGUCAGAGGCCGCCGAACAUGAGGUGCCCGACUCAUCUGUCGAUUACCUCGACGUGGAUAUCGGCCCCGAGUUCCCGCACGAGCGGCCGGGCGAAGAAGAUGAUGGCCUCGAUGCCGCGCCAGUGUUUGCAUACGAGUACGCUGGCAGCUACGAGUUGCCUGCGGCCGUGGCGGCGGAGAGCGAGUACAGUCCCACGUCGCCCGCUUUCUCGGCCCACGACAAGAACUUUGACCCAGAGGACCCAACGCUCGAAAGGUUCCCUUCGAACCGCGAAGACAUUCUCAGCCGUGUUCGAACCCUCGAAACCGGCUUGGACGAGGACCCGACUAUGUUCGAGGGGUAUCCUGCCUCGCCUGUCGUGACGCCAGGAAGAAAGACCUCGGUGGGAUCGAUCGAUAUGGCUGGUGAUAGCUUCUCGAUCUCGCCGACAACGAAUCCAAAUCGUCCGGUGGGCAACCGGCGCCCGGAGUCUCACAAGCGCAACUCGAGUCGGGAUAGCCUCGUUUUAGACCCGUCUCCGGCGGCUUCACCUUCGCUGCAGUGCAUUGUGGAGGAGACGGGCACCGAUGAUCAAGAGCAUAGCCUUCUCCCGGAUCCGGUCCAGUCGGACCUACUGUCACCCACGGCAGCGGCAAAAUCUGAUGUGCCAAAUCCCGAGGCCGUCUUGCUCACCUCGGAAGCCAUCUCACCCAAAACCAAGGUUGCUCGGCUUGCAAAUCCGGCAAUUGUCGUCCACAAAGCACAGGAAAGCGACGUGGGCAGUCCCAUGAAUGUGAGAGGUGCACCCAUUAGCACAGACAAUUGUCCUGGCGACUUCCCUGACAUCGAUGAAAGUGAAGGGCCGUCGUCGCCGGCGGCAGGGGCUCAAAGCAGCACCCGAGACGUUGCUGCCACUAAUGAGGCGCAGAGUGGCACACCGGUAUCGCAUCACCCGAAAGGCGUCGAAGUCAAGGGCAACUCCAACUGGUUCGCCUCAUUCAUUAAGCUGGUCUUUGUCGACUGGCUUGGCGGGUUUCUCGCGAGCAUCUUCCGGUCACGGCGAGCGGAAUGA